UUGCGCUGCCAUUUACAAAAUGCAACCCCUUCUACUGCUGCUGCAACUAACCGCUAUAACAUGGGCCACUGCCGAAAUAGCUUCUCCCUAUUGCUACAAAAAUAUAACAGAAACAUCCUACAAAACGGUCACUAAGACGCGCAUCAAAACCGUGGCUGCCAAGGGAUUUUUCAAAAAGAUCGUCAAUAAAAAAGAAACUCAAGUUGAAAUAUACGAAGAUCAAGAACCUGUAUACAAAAUCAAAGUUGAGCGUUCCUGCUGUGAAGGCUACACAUUGACAGAGUUGGAUUUAUGUGAACCACAGUGUGUUGAAAAUGGCUGUCCUCAGCAUUCCAAAUGUGUUGAGCCGGAGGUGUGCGAAUGUUUAAAGGGCUAUUUCUCUAGACGUUCUCAGCACGAUGGCAAACACUAUUGUGAGCCUAUUUGUGAGAAACCGUGUCCGGAGAACAGUGUUUGUGUGGCUCCUAAUGAGUGUGCCUGCAAGAAGGGCUUUCAUAUAGUGGAGGAUCAACUAUGUAAACCAUAUUGUGCCUCUGGCUGUCCUCAUGAUGGUAAAUGUGUGGCUCCCAAUGUCUGUGAUUGCCUGGAGGGUUACAAAUCCGAAAAGGGUUCAUGUUUGCCCAUUUGUUCUCUAGGAGAUCAGUGUCAAAAUGGCAAAUGUGUAGAGAAGGAGCAAUGUAUUUGCAACAAUGGCUUUAGCUGGAAUAGUGAAACGUUUAAAUGUGAACAUGACGCGUCACAUGAAAACCAGAAUGAAUUAUAUACCACCGCUAUUUACCCAGUUUUUACACAAGUCGUACAGUCAGCAGAUACAUCUUUAGAAUUGGAAACUGAUAUAGAAACCUCUAAUGAUGACAUUGAUCCCAAUCAAGUAUUUGAUGAAAAUAUUGAAACUACUACAUUUUCAGUGACAGAUGAGUAUGGCUCUUCCACACCAUCCUCAGAGGAGCUCAAUCACAAAUGUGCCGAUGAUUAUGUUUUCCACAGCGGUCAGUGUCGUCCCCUCAAAUUUGUUAGCAAUGAAAUUGAUUGCUGGCUCAAACCCUGCCAGGAUAUUAAUUCUGUCUGUUUAGAAAAUGGCACUUGUGCUUGCAAUGAGGGUUUCAAAUGGUUCAAAACCCAUGUUGUGGAUAGCAUCACUCUGAAUCAAACCAUUAAGGCGGUGUGUUUGUCGGCGGCCGAAUACGAAAGCAGAUCACAACAUUUGAAGGAAGAUUCAAAAACAACCUCGGUGGAAGACACCACAAAUUGGACUUCGAUAUUCUUUAUAGUUUUGGGCGUUUUAAUAAUGGUUACCGCUUUGGUGGUUUUGGGCUUUAAGUUGGUUUACCGGCAGAGAGGAGAAGUAGAUGUAGAGGGUAAAAAUUUGGCAUGUGCUUAUGACAAUCGAGCCUGCACUGAAACGGAUAAAUCGGUUAUUUAAGUUAAGUUAUUUUUAUUUAAUUUAAGCUUUUUGUUAUAAUAUUUUGUAAAAAAAAGAAUUCUAUAAGUAUUUUGAAUUGUAAAAUAAAUGUUUCAAAGUUGUUUAGUGAAAUAAAUCCUCUAAGUUUAAUUGAAAAGUAAAAA